AUGUUGCAGUACCACGACAAGGAAACCAGCAGUCUGCCGCGGGCAAAUGUUGAGCUCACAAAAGAUAUGAUCGAUUUCGUCAUGCGGGAGGUCGUUUUCCCCGCCAAAGGAGAGAAGACGAUCAUCAAUCCUGCAGCAGAUCGAGUUGUCUAUAAGAACGCCGUGAAGUUUGCACUGCGGCUGGUCAUUGACAUGGUAUCUUCCGUGCGGCUAUCAGCCUGUGGUGUGCGGGUUCGCCUAAACGUGUCCGCAGACCCCAAGUCUGCUAGGAAGUCUCUGAAGAAGGGAAGGCUGGAUCUUACCCCAUUUGAGAAGACGUGCGAGCCUUUGAUCAAUGAUUUGAUGGCUCAGCGCAGCUUGCCGCUGCCUCGGGGCCUGCAAGAAUCUCUCUACAGAAACCUUUUGAGGGUCUUGGCCUUCUGUGCCGCCGCAGCUGUGGAGUCAUCUGAGCUGGACGUCUUUGGCAUUACUGUAGACCCAAGGCUGGGUAGAUGA